AUGGCCGACAUGUGGGCUCACGAGUUCUGCCUCGGCUGCGACAAGCAGACUGAUGGAACCGCCUACUGCUCUGAAUCUUGCCGCCUGGCCGACUUUGAGAAGACGUCUACCUCUGCUGCCAGCUCCCCCGGCCUCAACACCUCGACCGGACCGUGGACCUCAAGUCAGAGGCAACCCAGCCGAUUCUAUCUCCCUCCCGCCAUCGACUUCUCCAACGCUCAGUCAUAUGGCUCCCUGUCCUCGGCCAACACAUACCUGCCCACAGGUUCUUCACCAAACACCACCCGUCCCCUCACUGCUUCGAGCUCGAACACGAGCCUCGCUUCCAUGGGCAGCAACGCGUCGUCCAACACGGAAAGCUACCUGCAACUGAACGAGAAGACACAGAAGGAGCUCUGCGGCUACGCUGCAUCGUUCGACAGCAUCAGGACCCAGCGACGACGCUCCUACUAG